AUGGCAAGCCCUCUACCUACGCGCAGGGGCGCCGCUGCCCCCUCAGCCCGAUCGACGUUGUCGUCAGCGCUGUCGGCCUCCCUCGAGCAUGUGUGCCGGCCGCCACAGGCCGGCACGCGAUGUGCAAGCGGUAUUCCCGAAGCACCAACAAUGCCAACGGCAAGCAGCGGCAAUAGCGUCAGUGGGGUGGGGGAUGUGCGUCGCGAUGGCAUCCAAGGCGCUGUAUAUGCUCGCUCCACGACCCAGACGUCGUCCCACCGCCGCCCAGCUCAGGACUUACGCGCGGACACUGAAGGUUCAGUGAGUGCGGCAGGAACUGUCGCCUUAGCUGCCGCAGCUUCGUCAUUCCGCGACCAAGCACCACGCCAGCCACCAGAGCAGCAGCAGAGCGGCACCACAUCGUUCACAUCCUUGCCGCCUGGUAGCAGCCCCACCUCUUAUCAUAGCGACGCAGACGUCGCGAGAGUGCGAGCAGCGCUGGCAGAAGCUGGAUACCCCAGCCCCUCCUGGGACGACAUCGAGCGCGUCUUGGCGCAGCUUUCCGCGACCCACAACGGUGGAGGUGGCAGUGCAGCCGCCAGGCACGGCAAUGCGGUACCGCCUCCGUCCGCAACGUGCCUUCCGCAGGGCAUCAAGCCGGAAGAUCUGGGCGAAGAGGGACAGCGGGUGGCGUACUACCACGACAGCCACGGCGCGGCCAUCCCCCCACCAGCAGCGUCGUCACCCCAGCAGCAGAGGCAAAAGGAGGACUGCCCGACCGGGUCUAGCAGCCUUCUCCACUACCUCGAGCCGUCGCUGCGCCUGCAGCGCUACAUUCAGCUACGCGAGCGGGAGCUGGAGGAGCUAUGUUUACGACCCUCCCUCGGCAGCCUUCACACACAGCAGCAGCAGCAGCAGCAGCAGCAGCGACGGCGUGGCUCUGCAGCGGCCGGGCCACAAGCGCAACGCACACGUGGUAGCGGGGCUGCUGUUGGCGCAAGCCCGGCUGCCUUAGGUGGCGUGCAGGUGUCGGCCAUGGCCACCCAUCACCGUCGUGCCGCGAACAUCGUCUUCGACGCGACAGGCGACCAGCGCUUCCGCUUCUUUCCCACGACGCGUACGCCGCAGGGGAUCAGCACGUUGGCUACGGUGGCACCAGUUCCUCGCACAUCGUCGUCGUCGACGUCGACGAAGGUCCUCAUGGACGCCGCGACGGCGCACCCAGCCGCGCCGGCUACGCGCCUCGGGAGCUACCACAACUACUGCCACUGCCCUCGGCCAAAUUCAUGCGGCACCGUGGGAGGCCAGGUGUCCUACCUCGACCCUGCGGGGCGCACGCUGCGACGCAAGGCGGAUCCGGUGAAGCGCGGCGAGCAGAUGCGCCUCUUGUGGGCGCAGGACAGCUUCCUAUCACAGCGGGACCGCCCGCGUGAGGCGUGGCGCACUCGGCAGAUCACCAUGGCGUAUGGUCAGGAUACCAGCAGCAGCGGUGCUAGCAUACGCCACGGCUAG